CGCCCUUAAACCUUUUUUUUUCAUCCUCGUUCGUUCCUCUUGAAACUUAGAAAUCGAUGGGUGAUUAUCGUCUUCUUCGAAUCUCCGGCGUCGUUAUCGGGAUUAUAUUGCUACAACUCUUUGCUUUCUCCUCUCCUGUUUCAUCUGAUGAACUUAUGUUCGUUGUGGGAGAAACUGGGUCGCUUCAAGUGACUCCUAAUUUAGAAGUUAAGGCUUCUCCUGGAUUGAAGCCAGAUAGAACAGCUCUAUGUGAGAGGAUACAUAUCCGUGGACUUCGAAGGUUUAAACAUAUAGACAAGUAUGCACAUUCACUGAAGUUGAUUGUUAACGCUUCAACCGGCGGGAAAACAAGUAACGUGGACAUAUGCUUCCACAGGAAUUUGUCGCGUGCAAUUGGAAUGUGCCCUCAUAGUCGGUGGGAGAAAGUGUCUAAGGGUUCAUGGGUUCAGACAAUGUCACCCUUCGACCACAAAAUCAUUGAUGUAAGAAUAGCUAGCUCACCCAAGGUCACUCUGGAAAUGUCUGCUGUAGAAGAAUUUUUCAUGUACCGCGUGGUAUUCUUAAUCCUUGGUACUGUUUUGCUGGCUUCCGCUUCUGUACUGAGCAAAUCAUUAGCAUUUUACUACAGUAGUGCCAUGGCUGUUGGAGUUAUCCUUGUUGUGCUGCUUGUCCUCUUUCAGGGAAUGAAGUUUCUACCAACUGGGCGGAGCUCGUUUGCAUUGUUCAUAUACUCAACCCUGCUUGGUUUAGGUGGUUUCCUUCUUCGCUACAUACCUGGUUUAUUUCAAAGUCUGCUAACAGAGAUGGGAAUCGACGAAGAAAUGUACACCCCUGUGGCGAUUUUUGGCGGGGUGUUUCUAUCUUUGGCUGGGGCAUUUUUUGGAUUUUGGACCGUGAGGAAACUGGUUCUGACCGAUGAUGGCUCCAUUGACACUGGCACAUCACUAUUUGUUUCUUGGUCCAUCCGGAUUAUAGCUGCCGUUUUAAUUCUUCAGAGCUCCGUAGAUCCUUUGCUUGCUGGAGGAGCGCUGAUAUCUCUGAUUCUAAUGUCAUCGAGUUUAAAGAAGAUCAUAAAGUUGAAGUUCCUACUACGCUUAUAUGAGAUUCCAAUGAAUUUACUGCUAGGAAUCUGGGAGGCAAUUCGUUAUGCUGAAGUACCAACUGUCCCGGGAUUUCUUCAUGACUUCAUGCAAAAGAGUCCUGAUGCUUCUGAAUUUCGCGACCGUGUUACUUUUGCUUCUCCAUCAGGAGGAAUCAAUGGGAUGCGACAGUCUCCACCGUCUGAAUCAGAUAGUUUCCCUUCCUCUUUCCAUAAAACUCCUCAACGAAGCAAACUCUCAAAAGAAGAUUGGAAAAAGCUCACAAAGGAUAGCACAACAAAGGCGGUUAAAGAAUUGGUUUCGUCGCCUGAUUUUAGCAAAUGGGCAGCAGCAAAUGCGGAUAGGAUCAAUGUAACUCCAAGAAAAGAGUCCGGUAGCAUAGACCGGCCACGGAAAUGGCUGCGUUGGUUCUGAAGCAGCCCGGUUUAAAUCUUCAAACCGUUUAGAGAGAAAGAACUCUUGUAGGUUAAGUUGCUUUGCUUCUUUAUAUGACUUUGUUAGUGUUUUAGCUUUUUGUGGCUGAUAUUGCCACGACUUCUUGUAAUGAUGCUAAUUGGUUUUUAGGCUGUAUCAUGUUUGUGUGUAGACAAUGCAUUGUUUCUUUAAUGGGUUCUACUUUUUCUAUG